UCUAAUAUAUAGUUUUGUUUUGUAGAUGCCAAGAAAAAAGAAGACUUGUAUUGGCCGUCGUCGGAAAGGGUACUCCAAGAGAGGUCCGAGACAAGAACUAGGCUCUCUCUCUGACCAUACCUAUUCAUCAGUUCAAUCAACAGUGCUUGAUGAUUACAAUUCAAGAGAUGUGCUCUGGGAUGAAGCAUGGAAUUCCUUCUUCAUUGACAUCUGUGAUGACCCCAUUGACAUACCCUACCUUGGAGAAGCGAUGGAUUCUGAUGGUUGCUCGGCCAAUGAAUUCUUUGUCAUUCUUGACAGUGUACACAAGUAUCAUCCUGAUAAUGACUUAGAUAAUUUUGUUGAUGGCAUCCUGCAGUACCUAAAGUACCAACUGUUCUUAUCAUUGAAAAAGGAACUAUUCAGGCAUGCUGAUGAGCUUGGCGAAUUCACCAUUUUGAGAAACAAGCGAGAGGAAGUGAACUUGGUGCAGUGUUAUGAUAGUGAUGUUGCAGCGGUUCAACUCUCAGUGGUCAUUAGGCCUUCUUUUGAAGCCACAGUUUAUGCUCAUUAGUGAAGGAGCUACUUCAACUAUAUCUGCAUACAGAGAAGGAGACUUUGGUGCCAACAUAGAUGGAAUAGCGUAUAGUUCCACAAUGCGUUCGUUGAUGUGUCAGUUUUUGAUUUCACGGAGAGACAGAUGUGGUCCUUGCAGCAGAUACAGAGCCACACUCCGAGCUAAUGCCAGAAGAGAGAGUCUGUCCCCGAAAACCCCUAAACUAACUUCAUUUACUCAUACUACCCACAAGAACAUGUCAAAGAUGGAAGUCAUCCAGAAGUAUGAACUGAUGAAAAUCAGCCGCAAUUCCAUUCAGUCUGAAAUGGAGCGUUUGAAGAGAACAAUAAGCCAGACAAUUUCACAGAAAGGUCUUACGCUAAGUGUUUCAAGCGACUCUGAUUUUUCGCAAUUAUUGAAAGACCACCAAGAUGAAGUAAUGCACGAUUACCCUGAUGAGACAUCUAUUCAGAGACUUUUUUAGGAGCAACAAAUGAAAUACAAUAAAAUUAAAGACAAGCGGGCAAUGCGAUGGCAUUCGAUGGUAAUUAAAUGGUGUCUUUACAUGCGUAGUAGGAGUCGGAAGGCCUAUGAAGUUGCUGGAAAAUCUGGAUUCAUCGCUUUGCCGAGCAAAAGGACAUUGUAUGAUUAUUCACAUGCCCUUCCAAGUUCACUUGGCUUUCAUCCCAGCUAUUCAAAACAUUUAAAGGAAGAAGCGAAGUCACUUGGAAUGCUUGACAUUGAAGAAAGAUCGUACGUUGGCAUACUUCAAGAUGAAGUUAAGGUUUCUGAAGGCCUCGUAUAUGACAAACACUCGGGUGAACUUGUUGGAUAUGUGGAUUUAGACAGGACUGGUAACGAUUUGCUCAGUUUAGAGGAGUCAAUAACUGGCGGCAAACCACAACUGGCUAAUACCAUGUUGGUCCUCAUGAUCCGUGGUAUCAUUACAGAUUUGAAGUAUCCAUAUGCAGCCUUUGCCACGAGGGGUAUAACAGCAGACUAUUUAUAUCCCAUACUUUGGACAGCUGUUCUAAAUUUAGAAAGCAUUGGACUGAAGCCGCUGUUUAUUACAUGUGAUGGAGCUUCAUCAAAUCGCAAGUUUUUCAGCCUACAUGAAGUGCCCGAAUUGAAUAAUUUUUUCUGGACAUGGAAUCGAUACAGUCAUCCACACAGGAAGAUUUACUUUAUAUCUGAUGUUCCUCAUCUUAUUAAAACCACAAGAAACUGUUUUGCUAAUUCCGGAUCUCACAAGAAGACCAGAGAGCUGUGGAAAGAUGGACGUGAUGUUAGUUGGCUUCAUAUGUUGAAGUUUUAUGAAGAACAUGUGGAAAAUGAAUUGUUUUGUAAAACCUACAAGCUUACAAGAGAUCACAUUGACUUGUCACCAUAUUCAACAAUGAAAGUUAACCUGGCUGCACAAAUAUUUAGUAGUUCAGUGGGAAACGCUCUUGAGGACUUAUAUGGGGACCCAGUCCAAGAAACUGUGAAUCUUAUCAGACACAUGAACCGUUUUUUUUAUUGUCUUAACACGCGGAGUUUGCAAGAAGGAAUCAUAGCCCGGAACAGUGACAAGAAGGAGUAUCGCAGCAUUAAUGAUCCCAGACUGCAUUAUCUUCUCAAUGAAUUCUUGGAUUUUUUCAAAGCCUGGGAGGAUAGUGUCAUGAGACGACAUGGGCAGUUUACCUUAUCACAAAGGAAGCGUAUGAUGCUCAGUCAUCAAACUCUCAAAGGACUAAAAAUAUCUGUGAAUUCCAUUGUAGAAUGUGUGCGAUUCAUGCUCACAGCCGGUGCAGAAUUUGUAUUCACCCACCGAUUCAACCAAGACCCUCUAGAAGAACAAUUUGGACAGUAUCAACACAAAGGAGGCUCAAAUGACAAUCCCUCAGUUUAUGCUGUUAAACAUGCCUUUUCACAGAUGAAGGUCCUCGCUUCCUCUGCGCUCCAACCUAUACGUGGCAACAUUUCGAACAAGAGGCCACAACAAAUCUUGACUGUUGAUAAUGCGGCUCUCCCUAGGCGUAAACAGAGGCGUGUAUAGUGUACUCAUUGGGGAGAAGUAGAAAAACUUGUUGAUGAGUUUAGAUAAUAGAAAAUUAGAGAAACGUGUAAUUAAUAUCCCUGAACUUGUUCAGAUUGAUUUCAGUGCCCACAAAACUUUUCAAUGCACAUGUUUUUGUAUCGAGUGUACCACUCACAUGUAUUGUAAGAAUAUUGUAACUUAAACAUGUUUAAGACUAUUAACACAAGACAAACACAACAGUAGACUGGGGAGGUUGAAUGAAUGACAUGAUGACAAUUUAUUAUUCUUGUUGAACAUACUGAUUUUGAUUGACUGCCAUGACCCAUCUUCAAUGAUAGAUUCUUGUAACAUGUUAUGUUUGUUUUUUAACGCGACUGAGCAAUAUUCCAGCUAAAUGAUCGUGGUCUGUUAAUAAUCAAAUCUGGACCAGACAACCAAGUGAUCAUGAGCACCUGAUCCCAUUAGUCGCCUCUUAUGACUAGAUGACUGUCACUGUCCAUUAGAAGUGUACACAUUCUCAAAUGACAUCAACGUGAUGGUUAAUGGAAAUUGUCUCUGGUUUUCAAGGCUUUUCUCAGUGACUGGCUCUUUUUGCCCUCGUUAGUUUUUCUCUCUAUCUUUUUCUUUUUUUGCUGUUGACGCUUCAGGAACUUGGCAACAGCCCCGCCACGCACAUUUAGGAACAAAGUGAUUAGAAAUUCUAACAAUUUUAGUUUCAAUUCUUCUUCACAAACAACUAACUUGUCCCAGUAAAAGUGUACCAUAUGGUUGGUUAGAAUAACUUCCUUCAAUUUGUCACAGAGAAGGGAGUACAAAUUAAGGUGGGAGAGAUUUACUUGACGGACAGCAAUUUCAAUUGACCGCACAAGAAAAAAGCAAUUGUCACUAGGAAGAGUAAGGCCACCCCUGUUGAUUUUUUCAGUCCAUUUUGAAAAUCUGCUGAUGUAGCUUUCUUUUGACUCUGUUGAUGUGCGAAGAUUGUCGAUGACAGUCUCGAUGUUGUUGCCGCUGAUUGUCUUCUUUUUUAGCAAAGCAUGGACAAUGUACCCUGAGAUGUAAUAUAAAACUGCCUGGUCAUUUUCACUGAUAUGGUUGGCUUGCUUCUCAUCAGCUGUCUUCAUGGAAUCUGAUAGAACUUGAAGGAGGGUUUGAAUAAUCCGAUCUAGCAAACACUGAGUGAAGAUGUGUAUUAUCCUGAUUGGUUGGCUGCUGACUUCCUCUAUACAGGUGCACAUGCUUGAAAGGAAAUCUUCCUCCAGACACAACUGGUGAUAACUGCUCCAGAGUGCCUCUCGGUCACUUGACAGCGACCUCCCGUGGCCGAACCCCUUGAAAACUUUAUGGAACCUUGGUGUCACAAUGUCAAUUAAAUCAUCAGUGGUAUCUGCAUCUUCAUCAAGGGACUUGGCAACUUGGAUCAGAUCUUGACCAAUCGUUGAACCUGACUGCAAUGCAUCCAUCAUUGGGUCGCAAAUGAUCAAUUACAGUGCCUUUGGUACUCCAUUCUUUAAUGCGUCCUUCAUUUCAGUUACAUUUGCAAGUGGCAUAGACAUUGUACUGUGUUUUUCAUCCGAUUUGGAGAUGGGUGGCUUGCCUGUCGUAGCGCUUGCUUGCCUAUGCUCAUGGGCUGAAAUCAUUAAGAUAUUUACCAAAUGAAAUCAUACUCUUUUUAAACGUGUAGAAAUUACCUAGGGGAUAGGCAAAAUCCCAUGUAAAAAAUCAUCACUUAUUUAUUAUUGUAUAUUUAAAAUAUUUAGAUCUAGUGAAGUUAUUUUUACUUUUGUUUUUUAAUUUGCAUUUCAAAUCCUGAAGCAACAACUGAAAACUAUUUUGUGUUGCACCAAGUUACCAAGAUCAAAUUUUAAUUUAUUUCAAAAAUUAUUUUAUUCUGUAGUUUUGUUAUACUGGAAUUACAAUUUUGUCCUACAUACUUUGAUGUAUAUGUUUUAGUUGUGGCUAAAU